ACGUCCAAUUGUAACCUAACGUAAUCAACAGAAUUUAAAGGCCGAAGCUCAGACUCUCUUCUCUUACGUCGAAAGCUGCGAUAUCCUGUGCUAUUUUACAUCAGAAGUGACGUCUCGGAUGAGAGGAAAUAUUGGGAAGAACUUGUAGUGUGAACUGACACCUUAGGAGAAAGACUAAGCGUAGAGAAGAUGGAGCCCAUGACUCUAGGCAGCCCAGUGGGGUCUCCAACAGCUGCAGCACAGAUUCCUCCAGCCAGCAGCACCAGCAGUCCCUUUUUGCCUUCAUUCCUAAUGGGUGAUGUCGUCGCAUCUCCUGCUGGGCCGGGAGGACGUGUUGGAGGUGGGGGUGGAGCAAGCCCCAAUAAAACCACACGGCAGUUCUCCACUUCCACAUCAGUGUCUUCCCCUGGCUCUCCACAACCCACGAAGGAUCCAUUCUUCCCCACCAGAUUGGGUCCUGAUAAGCCAGGAGGACCUCCAACCCAGAGCUUAAUGGGGAUGCGUGGGCCACCCAGCCUGCCCCAGUCCCCAAUCCCUACACGUUUAGGGAGCCCCUAUGUAGAUCAGCGUAUACUAGGAACUCCAAUUAGUCAUGGAGGGCCAGUUGGUCAGCUUACACCAGGGACUCCCAUUCAGCCAACCAGUCAGUCCCUCUACAGUAAUGUUGCCUUCACUCCAAGCAGGGACCAGACCAGCCUCUUGAGUCAUGACACUUCCUUACAGACGUCGCUCUGUGAUGCCCUUGAGGAUUCUUGGGUAACUGUAUUUGGCUUCCCAGCUGCUGCUGCUUCAUACAUCUUGACACAGUUCACACAGUUAGGAACCAUUGUAGAGCAUCGUAACCCAGGGACAGGUAACUGGAUGCAUCUAAAGUACCAGACUAAAUUACAGGCUAGAAAGGCCUUGAGCAAGAAUGGUAAAGUAUUCAGUGGUAACAUCAUGGUUGGAGUUGUACCAUGUAGUGAUAAGGCAAUUACUGGAGAUAAAGAAAAUAUGUCUGCAAACCUGAGUAAUGUUAUGUCACCAGACUCGAGCAUGGUUGGAACACCAAAAUCUAAUAUGCGACCUUUGACACAGGCUUAUCAGACAGCUCAUGCAGAACAUGAGGUUGUCCCAAAAGUCAACACACCAAAGAAGAAUGACAGUAUAGUUUCUAAAGCAAUGCAGCACAUAUUUGGGUUAUAAUGAAAUUUAAACUAUUUACUUUUGUUGGAGGAUUUUUUUAAUGCAAAAUAUUAAAUGAUCCAAUUAUUUACUAGGCAGAGGAGUCUUUUAAAUCAGAUAAAAAUUAUCUGCUAUAUAUAUGUGAAGUUUAAUAUCCACAUUCUUCUCUUGUUGAAUUAUUACACUGUUGAUAUCACAUUUGUAAAUGCCAUGGAAUUAUAUGGAAGGACAACAGUUAAUUUUUUGCUUGUUUUAUGUAAAUAUUUUACCUUCAUUAUUUUUCAAAAUAAAAAUUCUUCUAACUCUUAUGUAAACAAACAAUAAAACUGUUUUAA